AUGCAUAUGCAAAAGCAAUUCUUGUUGAUUGCUAUGAUAUUAUCAACAGCUACACUAACAACAGCUCAAGCAGUCUCCGGCUGCCAAGAUCACUGUGGAGAUUUAACUAUUCCAUUUCCAUUUGGAACAAAGGAAGGGUGUUAUCUGAACAAAGAUUUCCUCAUAACAUGUAAUGCAUCCACUAGUGAAGCAUUUUUAGGCGAUACCCAAAUACAAGUCCUUAACAUAUCAGUAGAAGGCCAAUUACGAAUAUCCACUACACCGGCAUAUGAUUGCUACGACCAAUCUGGUAACACUUUAUAUUCGGAAUCUACACUUGAGCUGGGGAGAUUCCCCAUUUCCUACACCAAGAACAAGCUAACUGCGAUAGGGUGCGACACCAAUGCCUAUAUUCAAGGCCUUCGUGCAAAAGGGAUGUACGCCACUGGUUGCAUAUCCUAUUGUGAGCAAAUGGUGGAUAUUGUAAAUGGUUCUUGCAACGGCAUUGGCUGUUGCCAAAGUUCUAUUCCAAAAGAAGUAUUGCAGGUUUAUUUGGAUAUUGGUAGCUUUUAUAAUCACACAUAUGUUUUGGAUUUUAAUCCAUGCAGCUAUGCAUUUGUUGUUGAGGAAAGUGCUUACAAUUUCUCUACUUUGGAUCUUGGGGAUUUGAGGGAUGUUGUAAAAUUUCCUGUCCUGCUUGAUUGGGCUAUUGGAAAUGAGACUUGCGAUGAUGCACUAACGAAGCCUGAAGAUUAUGCUUGUAAGGCUAAUAAUACUGUUUGUGUUGAUUCUGAUAAUGGCCCUGGAUAUCGCUGCAAUUGCUCUCAGGGUUUUUCUGGGAAUCCUUAUCUUCCUAAUGGUUGUAAAGAUAUAAAUGAGUGUGAAAUUCCAAGCCUAAAUCAGUGUACGCAUUCUUGUCAAAACAAAAUGGGGAAUUAUACUUGUUAUUGCCCAAAGGGUUAUUAUGGGGACGGCAGAAAAGAUGGAAGUGGCUGCACUCGCAAGCAAACAAUUUCGACCCAGACUGGAGCCAUUAUAGGUGUCAGUAUCAGUCUUGUACUUCUGUUCCUGGCUAUUUCAACUAUUUUGGGGAUGCAAAGAAAAAGCGUAAUCAAGUCAAGAAAGGAGCAUUUCAAGCAAAAUGGAGGUCUCUUGUUACAACAAACACUCUUCAAAAGCAAAAAUUCAACAGAUGCAGCAAAAAUAUUUGCAGAAGCAGAAUUAAAGAAAGCCACAAAUAACUUCAACAAGGAUAUGGUAAUUGGUCAAGGUGGAUAUGGAGUAGUUUUCAAAGGAAUUUUAUCAGAAAACAAAAGAGAAGUUGCCAUAAAAAAAUCAAAAGCAAUAGACAGAACCCAGAUUGAACAGUUUGUCAAUGAAGUAAUUGUUGUUUCCCAAAUCCACCAUCCGAAUAUAGUUAAGCUCUUAGGUUGUUGUUUAGAAACUCCAGUUCCAUUGCUAGUUUAUGAUUUUAUAACCAAUGGUACACUUUUUCACCACCUCCAUGACUCGGCUUUUGUUCAUUCUUUGCCAUGGGAGGUAAGAUUGAGAAUUGCAGAAGAGACAGCAAAGGCACUUGCAUAUAUGCAUUCCAUGCAGAUUGUUCAUAGAGAUGUUAAAUCUGCUAAUAUUUUAUUAGAUAAUGAUUUCACUGCUAAAGUUUCUGAUUUUGGAGUUUCCAGAUUAGUUCCUUUUAAUCAAGAACAAAUAAUUACUACUUUAGUUCAAGGCACACUUGGAUACAUGGAUCCUGAAUACUUCCAGACAGGAAUUUUAACCGAAAAGAGCGAUGUUUAUAGUUUUGGAGUUGUUCUUGUUGAGUUACUUACCGGGAAGAAAGCAAUAUUUUCGGAAUGUGAACAGAAAAGUCUUGCUUUGUAUUUUAUUUCUUCAUUAAGAGAUAAAAGCCUUUUCAAUAUUUUAGAGUACAGAGUGAAAGAAGAAGGAAAUGCCCAGCAACUUGAAAGAGUUGCAAAGCUUGCUCAGAGUUGUUUGAAAUUACAAGGAGAAAAAAGACCUACCAUGAAAGAAGUUGCAGAAGAGCUUGAGAUAUCGAGGCAACAAGGGAAGCAAUCACAAACGAAGCUUCAAUUUAAUUUCCAAGACCAAGAAUACUUAACCCUUUAA